CGGAUGGGCUUUUCGUUGAUUAUUUGCAGUAAUCGACGUGCGUGUCCAUGAUCUAGACGAGAUCAUAGAGUGUGUUCUUUUGGGGGAGACUUGGAUGAAAUUGCUCGUGACAACGGCCUGGCGAGCUCGUAAGGCCCUCCUCCUCCUCUUCGACUCCCGAACUGCUUUUGCUCUGCAGCAAGGGGGCCGCAGCGGACAGCAGCAACCCGGGCGCGAGAGCAGGCGAUCCAUCACGACGACGGCGACGGCGACGGCGAGGAUGGCAAGCCAUUACGAGGCCAUCAUCGUAGGAUCCGGCCAAGGAGGGACACCGCUGGCGCAGGCGUUGGCCAAAGCCGGGCGGCGCACGGCGCUGAUCGAGGCGACGCACGUGGGCGGGACGUGCAUCAACGAGGGCUGCACGCCGACCAAGACGAUGGUGGCCAGCGCGCGCAUCGCGCACCUGGCGUGCCGGGCGCAGAGCUACGGCGUGCAGUUCAAGCGGUCCAGCCUGGUGCUCAACAUGGAGACGGUGCGCAAGCGCAAGCGCGACAUGGUCGACAGCUUCCGCAGCGGCAGCGAGGCGCGCCUCCGGGCCACCGACAACCUCGACCUCAUCUUCGGCCGGGCCACGUUCACGGCGCCCAAGCAGCUCGAGGUCGUCGUGCCGCACGACGAGGCCCACCCGCUGACCCUCACGGGCGACCAGAUCUUCAUCAACGCCGGGUGCUCGCCCGCGACGCUCGACGCGCGCAACGCCGACCGCACCGAGGGCCUGCUCGACUCGACGUCCAUCAUGGAGCUGGGCGAGGUGCCGCGCCACCUGGCCAUCGUCGGCGGGGGCGCCAUCGGGUGCGAGUUCGCGCAGAUGAUGAAGCGGUUCGGGGCGCGCGUCAGCCUGAUCCAGCGCGCCGACCGGCUGCUGCCCAAGGAGGACGCGGACGUGUCGGACGAGGUGCGGGCCAUCUUCGCGGGCGCCGGCAUCGACGUGUACCUGGGCGCCACGGUGCGCGAGGUGUCGAACGUGACCCUGGGCCAGAUCGUGGUGGCGCUGACGCAGGGCGACGGCACCCCCAAGUCGCUGCUGUGCUCGCACGUGCUGGUGGCCGCGGGCCGCACGCCCAACACGGCGACCCUGGGCCUCGACCGCGCGGGCGUCGCCCUCGACCCCCGCGGCUUCGUGGCCGUCGACGAGCACCUCGCCACCUCGGCCCCCGGCGUCUGGGCCCUGGGCGACAUCAAGGGCGGCCCGCAGCAGACGCACGUCAGCUACGACGACUUCCGCGUCCUGCGCCACAACAUCAUCACCCACGCCCACGCCGGCGAGCGCGCCUCCAUCCACGGCCGCCUCGUGCCCUACACCACCUUCAUCGACCCCCAGCUCGGCCGCGUCGGCCUGACCGAGCGCGAGGCCCGCGCCCUCGACCCCCCGCGCAACGUCAAGGUCGCCAAGAUGCCCAUGGCCUACGUCGCCCGCGCCCUCGAGAUGGACGAGACAAAGGGCUUCAUGAAGGCCGUCGUCGACGCCGACACCAAGGAGAUCCUGGGCUUUGCCUGCCUGGGCAUCGAGGGCGGGGAGAUCAUGAGCAUGGUCCAGAUGGCCAUGUUGGGCGGGUUGACCUACGACGAGUUGGAAAACGCCAUCUUCGCGCAUCCUUGUCUAAGCGAGAGUCUCAACAACCUCUGGGGAUUUUUGGAGUGAGUGUUCUGGGAAAAGACGAUGGGGGACCACACAUGCUUUGGUUUGGUGGGGAUACAUUAUAAUACCUCUCGCCGCCGCAGAGGAGAUAGAGCGCAAUCUGCAAACGCUGUGCCAGACGGGCGAGACCCUCGUUGUCCAUCGGGGCUCCCGCCCGCGAGUUUCCCUGUAAUCUCGAUGCAGAUGUUGGAUGAAAUGUCUUGUUUGGCAGCUAUUCAACACCUGCAGAUGUUC